AUGUUACUUAAAAUACUAUUAUUGACAGCUCUUAUAUCAUCUGUACUGUCAUAUAAGACUUUUAAAGGUGUGAUUGUUGCUGAUGAUUCAAAUUUUGAAGAUAUCAUUUAUGCAAAGGGGAAAUAUACACUUGUUAAUUUUUAUUCAAAAACAUGUCAACAUUGUCAAAAAUUAGGUCCAAAAUAUGAACCAUUAGUUGAUUUAUUUAAUAAUACUAAAAUACAAAUUGUUCAAUUAGAAGGUCGUGAAAAUAAACGUAUACGUAAACAAGAAAAAAUUAUUGGAUUCCCAACCUUGAGAUUAUAUUCAUUUGAUGGUAGUCAUAUGGGUUCAUUUGUUGAUGAAAGAUCAACUGAAAAUUUAGCAAAAUUUAUAACUGAUCAUACAGGUGUUCAACCAAAUUGGCCUGAACAAAUUAUAAAACAAAUUAGUUCAAUUAACGAAUUAAAAAAAUUAAAUCAAAUCAAACCAUCAAUUGUUGUAUUUUUAGCACCAUGGUUAGAUGAAUGGAAUGGUCGUUAUUCUAUAUUUGAAAAAAUUGCUAAAAUUUAUUCAAAUGAUUAUAAUUUUAUUAGAAUUGAUUCAACAUCUGAAGAAUCUUCAGAUUUAACAAAUUUAUAUAAAAUUGAUAAAUUCCCAACACUAAUGAAAUUUAAUCAAAAAGAAUUAAGCACAAAUUUCCAAAUAUUGAAUAAAGAUGAUAUAAAUAAAGAAUCAAUUGAAAAUUUUAUUAAUGAUGAUGAUAUAGGUAAAAAAUAUAAAGAUUUAAAUCAAUUAAUUAAUGAAAAAUUAUUAGUUGAUGAUGAAAAUGAUGAUAAUUUCCAGUUGAAAAAAGGUUUUAAUGUUUAUAAAAACCAAGGAGAUUAUAAAAAUGAAGAAGAAGAAGAGGAAAGAUAUAGGAAAUUAAGGGAAUUAUAA